ACCUUAUGCCGGUGUAACCGCAGACAAUGGCAGGAAGGUCACCCUAUGAGGCGAAUGCGCAGAUACCCCGACCGAAGCUACAGUACUCUUCGUUGAGGCCGUGCUUGAUGCCGGUGCAAGGUACCGAGGCGUGUUCCUGAAAAAAAUGGGGGGAGAGCAUCAACAUGGAAGGGAGACUCCACCAUGCGGAAGGAAGCAACAACCGUAAGCCAAAGGUAUAGUAGGUGGGCUUUCCUUCGUCACUGCGAUUGUCUUUCGUCAAGUCACACGACUGCUUCUCCAGUCUAUCUGUCUUGGGCAAUCCUGCUUCACUUUCACUUCAUAUUUUUGAGUACUCUCAAGCCACAUCUCGCGAUUGUACGAUCAUUUGCGAUCACCUCGACUUAUCUACUAGUGCAAGCAUGUCUAAUUGCAAGCAUGUCUAAUUGCAAACCUGCCGCUCCUCUCUUCCCUGAACAAUAUUCCCAUCCUAGCCGUCAAGCCAUCAUCCACGCAUACAAAACUCGACAACGUCGCGUUCCUCGUCGCCCACAUCUGCAGCACCCUCAUCCGCGUGAGGAAGAACAACCAGCUGGGUCCCAACGGCAUCCAGAGCACAGAAGAUGUGUUCAUCGGUAUCGGAUACGAAGGUAAAGAGUGCUACAUGGGUCUGCUUGUCAACGCGCCUGGAGUUGGAGCUGUGAGGUGCUUUUUCGAGGGCGACAGGAUGGCGAUCGUGGAGAAGGAGGAGAUGAAGCCCGAUGCUGCUGUGGAGGAGCUAAAGCGGAGGCUGGCG